AUGAGAACUAGAAGUGCUUCUUUCCUCUGUCUUAUAUCUCUUGCCACCAUUCUGGGUAGUGUUACUGGAACUGCAACGUCAAGCGUGGAGCCAAGCCACUAUGUUGCAUCAUUCAAUAGGAGCCUUUUUCCUUCUGGUUUUGCAUUUGGAAUAGGUUCCUCCGCGUACCAGGCUGAAGGAGCAGCAAAUGUAGAUGGCAGGGGACCAAGUAUAUGGGACACUUACACUAGACAGCAUUCUGAAAAAAUUUGGGAUCAUAGCACCGGUGAUGUUGGAGCUGAUUUUUAUCAUCGGUACAAGAGUGACAUAAAAGUGGUGAAAGAAAUGGGGCUGGACUCCUUCAGAUUCUCCAUUUCUUGGACGAGAAUCUUCCCCAAGGGCAAAGGAGACGUCAAUCCCUUAGGGGUGAAAUUCUACAACAAUCUCAUUGAUGAGAUCUUGUCAAAUGGCUUAACACCUUUUGUCACCCUUUUCCACUGGGACUUCCCACAGGCUCUUGAAGAUGAGUAUGGAGGAUUUCGUAGUCCUAAAGUAGUGGAGGAUUUUCGUGGCUAUGCGAACUUCUGCUUCAAGACCUUUGGUGAUAGAGUGAAGCAUUGGGUCACUCUGAAUGAACCCUUGUCAUAUAGUCUCAAUGGCUACAAUGGUGGAACCUUUGCACCAGGUAGAUGUUCCAAGUACGUUGCCAAUUGCAGUGCCGGUGACUCAUCCACUGAACCCUACAUCGUUGGCCAUAACUUAUUACUAGCUCAUGCGGCAGGGGCCACAUUGUACAAGACCAAAUACCAGGCUCAUCAAAAAGGACAAAUUGGGAUUACCAUACCGACUCACUUCUUUUUGCCAAAAUCUAACACUGACCCCGAUCACAAGGCUGCAAAUCGAGCUCUGGAAUUUUUCUUUGGUUGGUAUGCCCUUCCUGUCACGUACGGUGACUAUCCCGAGAGUAUGAGAUCUUCGGUUGGUGAUAGGCUCCCAAAAUUCACAAAAGCUGAAGCUGAAAGUCUCAAAGGUUCCGUUGAUUUUCUUGGUGUGAAUUAUUACACCACAUAUUUUGCUGAACAUGCUGCACCCGUCAGAACCAACAGGACCUUCUACACAGAUAUACUAGCCUCUCUCACCACUGAAAGGAACGGUCUAGCUGUUGGGACCCCGACUGCUUUGGAUUGGCUCUUUAUCUAUCCAAAGGGACUUCAUCAACUUAUGGUAUACAUAAAGGAUACAUACAGGAAUCCAAUAAUUUACAUCACUGAAAAUGGUGUUGCUGAAGCAAGGAAUGACUCAAUUCCAGUGAAUGAAGCCCGCAAGGAUGGUACCAGGAUUAGAUACCAUGAUAGCCAUCUUAAAUUCCUCCUUCAAGCGAUCAAAGAGGGUGUUAACGUGAAGGGUUACUAUGCAUGGUCGUUUUCGGAUAGCUUUGAAUGGGAUGCUGGUUACACAGUUCGAUUUGGCCUAAUAUAUGUGGAUUACAAGAACAAUUUGAGAAGAUAUCCCAAGUACUCUGCUUUUUGGCUCCAAAAAUUCCUUCUCAAGUGAUCUAAACAUACCUAUGCCAUGCAUGAGAUGCUUCGUGUUUUCUCCCCAAUAUAGCCAGAUAUCAGUUGUAAUAAAUAAUUAUUGACAUCAAGUAAAUAAAUCCUAUUGGGGAAUCGUGAUUCGCAAUAAUCUCUAAUAUCAAUGAUGCCCAAAUU